GACGUCCUUGUCCUGCGUCGUGUGUGCCGUGAGUGGACGCCUUGAUGUUGUACAAGGCAAAACUAGCCAAGCAGCAAAUAAAAGUUGCAGUAUUUUCUAAAUAAUAAUUUCCAAAAAUCGAAUCGUAAAAAGAAGAAUUCUAAUAUACCAAAAGUGCAAAUCAAAGGAAAAGUGCAAAAGGUACGAUAAAACGAAAACUGUGCGAAAGGAGAAAAGACAAAGCAUAAAUAGUACAGACAUUAAAGGUGAAUUGCUAAUAAAGUCUUAAAAAAUGACGAAGUGAUGAAAGGAGCAACACGCGGCCACAACUAAAAUUCAAAAUAAAACAAAAAAAUACGUUUAAACAUAAGCGCUUGCGAGCGGUUCUUUCGUUGGACGGACAUUUCCGGUGUCUAGAGUUAAGCACAGCAAAUACCAACAACCAUUCGAGCGACGCAAUAUGAAAUCGCACAACUGUUAAGAGUUUGAGUUUGAUACAGCAAUACACACAGCAACUAAAACAACAACCAUAAAGUUUAUAUAAAAGAGCAACAAUAAUAGAGGUGUUGACUGUGUUAGGCCGAGGCACAGUACCGAAAGGCAACCGGGGAAGGCGCGGUAGAAGCAUUAAAAUUGUCGCACAAUUAAACGCAAGCAAAUUAAUUAAAAACGCAAAACGGGGCAGCAGUUGAUGGUGUGAAAAUAAAAGGCCUCGGAAAUUCGUUUCGUUUCUUCGCUCAAACUCGAACGAACUCGAAUUUUGUGGACUUACAAUUGGCGUGGAGGCCAUCCGGAGACGUUGUGUAGUUGACUGCAUUGCGAAAAGUAAGGUCACACGUGGAGCGCUGGCCACUUGUGUGUGCGUGUGAAUGUGUCUUAAGACGAGAAUUCGGUGAUAAAUAUUCGGGAGUCAUUGUGAUACGCUUACGAACUGCAGUGAAGCAGUAACCAAGCAACAAUAACAACGUUACAGCCCUUUUAGCGCCGGCCACACCUCAUCCUCACCUGAAACAUAACUUUAGCUGCUUUUCAACAAAUUUGACUCUUGUGUGCGUGUGUGGGUUCGUUUUUAUUGGCACUUACACUUGUGCCUUGGUUUGGCCAACGGCCGCGUUCAAUAUUCAGCAGUUUCUUGCUCGUCGAAAAAUUUCAGCUCUAGGCGAAUUAAGCUCACCAACAGAACCUGGCUUGGAAGUGACCAGUUACUUCGUUGACACGUGCCGUGGGUCUAAGGUUUUGCAAUUGAUGCCAUUGUGAUGACGCAAUGGAUUGCGGCCUUAAGUGGGCGCUCUUCAGUACCAAAACAACACUCGCACCCAUUAUUGAGGCUGCCGAUAAAGCGGCAGCAGCUACCGAAGCAGAAGCGCCAACGUCAGCAGCAACAGUGGCUUUUACGGCUGCAGCUUCAGAAAAAACACCAACAACUCCAAAUAGAAUACGAGAAAAACCAAACAUUUCCAGAAUCCGCCAUUGGCCCAUUUUUUAUACCCGAAAAGUAGGCACAUUUGACGCCGCCAAAGGCUACGCCGCAGUUCGUCCCUAUAGCACCGUAGUUGGAGUCACAAGCGACGCUGUGGGGCCACGACGUUACAGCCGCGAAUGUGCCAUCAGAUUCAACACUAGCUUGUUUCGAAGAAGCAGGCGAAUAUAACAUAACCUCCCUGCUGCCAAUAGCGACGGCAUCAAGUCGCCCGAAGUAGAAGCAGGUGAAAUAGAAACUAAGGAAAAACAAUAACAGAAAACGGGUACAACGACAAAUGCUGUUUUAGGAGAACAAACGGAAUAAAAACCUAAGAUAAUGAAACAUUCAAAUAUUUUUAUACAUAAGGAUAUGAUGGAAUACGGCUAAAGAGAAUCCGAUGAAUUAAACGCCGAAAUCAAAAGAAAAAGUGAAGAAAUUUCCAAAAAAGUAUAAAGAAUAAGAAACAUAUAAAUAAACAUAAAAACAUAAAUAUAGAAAAGUAUAACUAACGUAACUAUUCUCUUAUCUUGCGCGAAUUCAAUUUAAUUUCUGUCUCAAAUUGAUUCGCCACCUUACCGCGUCUCGUCUUGACUUAAAUCAAUCCGACUGUAUCAAUUUGACUCUACUUGAGCGCAAACCACUGAACUUAUAUCAUUUAAUACCACCAACGUUGCUCGCACUUUGUCGUCUAGUUCGGUCAUAGUGUUGCUACAGCCACAGGGACGCCGCAAACUUGGCGUUUACGCAUAAAAUUGAGCAAAAUAAAUUCCCCAACGCAGCUGACGGUUAGGUGCGAAUUGUGUCAAUCAGGGCGCAAUUGUUCAUUUGUGCAGUGGCCAUGGAGCCUCCUGGUGGGUUACCGCCGGACCGAGACAGACAACUAGUGCUGCGCCCCCAGCAGCAGGAGCAACAACUGGUACCGUUGGUACCGCAAGUCAAGCCGACCCUAGCACUGAAUCUUUACUCCAAGGACCAGGCCGUGUCCUCAACUAUUGCCACAACGCCGGCUGCAGAUGCCUCUACUGAGAAUGCCGCUGCCUCAUCUACCACAUCGAUCCGCACCACCAAUGCACUUGUGCUUGCGUCCGCGAGUAACGUUGUUAGUGUAAUCGCUGCGGGCAACAGUAGCACGGCGAUGGCUACAAGUACCAGCCCCGCACUGGCGUCUGCAGCCAUAGCGAUAUCGGGCACCACGCAGGCGGCCACCGCGUUCAGCGGAAGCGCGGUGGGUGUGCAGCACACGCCGCAUCAUCAGCACCCGCCUCAUCAUCAUCCACCCCAUCCCACGCAUCAGAUGCACCAUCUGCCACACCAUCAGCCACAGACGUACGGUGCGCAUAACUCGUCGACAACUUCGUCCCUGUUUGGUGGUAUCUCGGCCAGCAGCAGCAGCAGCACUUCGGUUGGUGGGCAGCAACAAACCAUCGAGAAGUUGGCGCGACCCAUGGCUUUCGAUAAGAUGGAGGCACUGGUGCGCACUAUGCAGAAUGAUGAAAAACCCGUACCAGUGCGAGUGCAGAAAACUUUUCUCAGCAAUAUUCCAUCGGCGUUCAUGGGCUAUGAUUUGAUAGAGUGGAUGAUGGACCGCUUGAUGAUUGAGGAGUCCGAGGCAUUGAGCAUCGCCAACCAACUUUGUUUGCAUGGCUAUUUCUUUCCCGUCAAUGACACCAAAACACUAGCCGUGAAGGAUGACUCUUCGCUGUAUCGCUUUCAGACGCCAUACUAUUGGCCAUGGCAGCACAAACCUCCCGACAAUGUGGAGUACGCCAUUUACCUGGCGAAGCGCUCGUUGCGCAAUAAGCAACGUCACGCCUUGGAAGAGUACGAGACUGAAGCCUUGGCAUCGCUACAUAAGAGCUUGAAAGGUAAGUGGGAUUUCAUCACUAUGCAAGCUGAAGAGCAGGUACGGUUGGCGAAGGAACGUAAGAAGGGUGAUAAGAUCGUCGUUGACUCACAGGAGCGCGCCUAUUGGCGUGUACACCGUCCACCGCCCGGCCAAUUCACACCUUUGGAACCAUGCCCCAUACCUUCGCGUGAUCGUCAAGGCUUCAAGCCUAAUAAGAAGAAAACAGUUGAUGAUGUGCAACGCGAGGUGGACUAUCUACGCAAGUCGUUGAAUCGCACACGCAUGAAGAUGUCACAAGCUUGCGAAUCCCUCGUGGCAUAUUCGGAGACGUUUGCCGAGUAUGACUUCUUUUUGCAGCCGGUACUGCCCUCCAAUCCUUGGGUGACCGAAGAUGUCACAUUUUGGCAGCUGAAUAACAGUUUUGUGGAUACACCCACUGAGAAGCGAGUUAAGCGUUGGGCUAUCUCAGUAGAAGAGUUGGUUUCCGAUCCAACAGGACUGCAGGAGUUUACAAGCUUUUUGGAGAAAGAGUACUCUCACGAAAAUAUACGUUUCUGGAUCGCAGUGAAUCGAUUGCGUCGCUCGGCUCACUCUCAGGUGGCGCGUAAAGUUAAAGAAAUUUAUGAAGAGUUUCUGAAACCAGGCGCGCCAUGCGAAAUCAAUAUUGAUGGUAAAACCAUGGAGAGUGUGCUGAAGGGUCUAAAAAAUCCAUCACGUUUCACAUUUGAUUCCGCCUCGGAACAUAUUUACACGCUGCUAUUAAAGAAGGACUGCUACCCACGUUUCAUACGAUCCGACCACUACAAGCGUCUACUGGAGGCAGGCGUACCCCCAUCACACAAGAAACGCUUCUUUAACUUCGGUGGUGUGGGAGGUGCCAAGAAGAAGAUGACAGCCGCACUCUCCAGCCAACCCAAUCUUGGUGACGGCACAACUGCGAAGAAUAUCGGCGGUGCGAGCGGCUCGAUGAUGACAGCACCACCUCCAGGCAACUUGGCGCGACGACGGGGCAGCGACCGCAGCCUUACCGGCUCCGCUCACGAGCUGGCUGUGAUUGGCGUAAAUAAGGACAUAACCUCUAAAGUGCCACACUCGCACUCACAAAGCAAUUUGAGUGAGAUGCCAUACAGCAGUGAGUCCAUUUAUAGAGGAGAUAUGCCACAACUCCAGGUCACAGAUGUCGCUGUUCAAAAUUCAUCACUCGGAAUUCGCGAGAGCAGCUCACGUUCGCUUCAGGAGACGACCAAGUCGAAGCCUGCUCGCUUGGAGACCACGGUGGAGUCUUCCAGUAGCGCAGUGUGCCCAUGGGAUGUGCCAGAUGAGCCUCCUGACACACAGGCACCCACGCCAUACCAAAAGUCUCAAAUUAAAUUGUCCAUAUGUCCCUGGGAGCAGGAAAGCGACCCUGCGCCAAUCGCAGCUAAUAUUGCAAAGUCAGCGACACACCGUCUCACCAGCACAUCUUCGGACAACACUGAUGUAUCGGAUCGCAGUCAACGCAACUUGGGUAUAAGACAUCAGAACACCGUAGACAGCGGCGAGGCGAGUAAACGUCUUGUUCCAAACUUCACCGAACAACGCAGAGCUUCAAUGUCCUUCACACAGUCGCGUCUUUCGGAAUAUCAAUUCGGUCAGACAUCUGUUUCAGCGAAAACUUCUUCUAGCCCAUCGCCAACAGUGGGUAGCCAAAGUGUUGUGGACUCUUCGCUUCCAGCACCUCCGCCACCGCUCUUCACACAAAGUAUUGCGACCAUGGCCGCAGUAACGGCGAUUAAUAGCUCAUCGACGAUUGUGACGAAGGAUCCUCCUUCCUCUUCGGAUGCAGAAGUAGAGGAGGAGCUGAAUAAGCUAACUGUAUCGCAGAGGAAUAGUGAAUCUUCAGCAUCCGAAAUGUGUGCGCUGCCACCACCUACUCCGACUCCACCUCCCAUUACUAAGGUGACACCACCUCCUCCGGACGAAAAUAUUUGCUCCUACUAUCAGCCAGUUGAGGUGAUAUCUUGUGAGAGUUCUCAAAGCGAUCAUGUGUGCGGCGCAGAAAGAAGUGGUGGAAGCGGCAAUAGCGACAAUAGUAGCAUUGUCAUAUCAGAGACAGAUGUGGAGGUAGCUGUGCAGGAGGUACAAAUAGAGCUAAUUGAAAGCUAUGACCUUCAGGAAGGAAAAAGUCCGCAGCUGUCAACACCCUCCAUACAGAUUGAAGAGGACUUGAAAGUUUUGCCAAUUGAGGACCCAGUUGCAGAGCCGACGCCGGCCGAAGGUGACUUUAUCGAGGCUGUAGCUCAAAGAACGGCCACAACCAGCCGAGGUAAUUCGCGGCCGGAAACGCCAGAAAUUGAACAGAAGCCGCUACCAGCUGCCACCACGCCGGACAUUUUGCAAUCGCCACAACUGCAUACGUCCAUAUCUUCGGGCGCGCUGCUAGUUACCGCUUCAGUGAUACCGCCACCACCGCCACCCAUCGGUCCAAUGGAAGAGGAAGAGCAGCUACGCUUUGAGGAAGAAAUAGCAGCAGCACAAGAGACACAGGAUGAACUCUCACCAACUACAGACGAGUAUCAAGAGGGCUUACAAUUCGAUACCGAUGGCAAGGAAGACUACGAAUAUGACAUCAUUGACACUGACAGCCAAGCCGGUUAUAUACCUCCAGCAUCGACGCCGGCGCCAUCCAUGGCACCACUUGCCGAAAUGGAUAUUGACACCGUAGACGAUGAGCCAUGCGAAGAAAUGUGCUCUUUGCAGGAAUUGGCGGAAAUACCAACAACACCAACGCCAACUGUCAACAUGUACGAAGUGUCGCCGACCAUCAUUGAGAGUGUAAUUCCAAUGGCCACUGAAGAGGUGAAAAAGCGACGAAAGAAGCGCAGUGCCGAAGGCAAAAAGAUACUAUCCGUGGAUGAAAAGGAGCAAAAGGCGAGUACAUCGGCCGGUGGAGCUACAGAAGUUGUCAGCGGAGCAAAGUCGGAGACUGACCGCAAUGCGGUGUGCCCCUGGGAGGACGAAAAUGUUACAACCAGUGAUGGUACUUUCGUGAAGACAUACGCCACGCUCGGAUAUUUAUGAAUAAAGCAGAACCUUUUCAAGUCCGUGGUCAACAAAAUACUGAA